AUGAAUGAAACUGGUAUCCCGUUCAUUGCUAUAACGCAUGAUCUAACUUCAAACGACUAUUCAGAAUGCAAGCCACCACCAGCUAUAACAGCAGUGAACAGAACAGACACCAGAUCGAUCCUCGAUCCUUAUCUAAGCGCUACUAGCGAACUAAUGAAAAUGCUGGUGAACUUGGCAGAUGAGACCAAUAUUGAAGUUUUGGCGAGAGCAGUCAAGAAGAACGCCACUGGAAGUGAAAUAUUUUGGAAUGUUGUUAUGGAAGAUGUAAGUUUUGAUUUUGGGAGCAAAUAA